AUGUCUACGCGAAAAAAAAAGCAGGCAGGGGCGGCCGCCUCGGCGCGGAGGGGCAGCGGCUGCCGGGAGCUCAUGGUCAAGCUGACGGAGGGGCAGUACGUGCUGUGCCGCUGGACCGAUGGGCUCUAUUACCUUGGAAAGAUCAAAAGG